ACCCCGCGUUCGCGCAUGCGCGUUCCGCCCUGUGACGCCGCAGCGCCCGGCGCCGUGACGCGCCCGGCGGGGCCUCCCGCUCUCCUCCAAUGGGGCUGCGCGGAGAGCCCGCGGGGCCCCGCCCCCUACCGCUGCCGCCGCCGCCACCGGGGCCGGGGCCGGGGCCGCCGCCGCCUCAGCAGCAGCAGCGCCGGGCGCGGACAGGAGGAGGGGGGGGGGGACGUGGAUGAGGCGGCGGCGGCGGCGCCCGGUGGCGGUGUCGGCGGUGCCGGGCUGAGGGCCGGGAUGCUGCCGCUGUACGCCAUCGUGCUGUCGGCGCUGGCCGGCGCCUUCCUGACGCUGCUGCUGCAGCUCCUGCUCCUCUACGGCAGGAAGCCCGAGCCGCCCCCCGGGCCCAACGGGCAAGGCGAAGGCCUCGUCUACGCCCGCGUGGCGGCGGGGCACGGCCUGAGGGAGUACCUGCAGGGCGCGGAGCCCCCCCCCGCCGGCACGGCGGCAACGGACGCGGCCCCGCUGCCGCCCGCCGCCGCCUCAGCGCCGCCCGCUGCGGGCCCCGAGCCGCCGCCUCCUCCUCCUCCGCCUCAGCAGCAGCAGCAGCAGCAGGCGGCAGAGCCCCCUCCGGAGCCGUCGUCCCGCGAGGAGACGUGCCACUUCCUCAAUGCCAUCUUCCUCUUCCUCUUCAGGGAGCUGCGGGACACGGCCCUGGUGAGGAACUGGGUGACGAAGAAGAUCAAGGUGGAGUUCGAGGAGCUGCUGCAGGCCAAGGUGACGGGGAAGGUGCUGGAGGGGCUGAGCCUGCGGGACGUCUCGCUGGGCAACGUGCUGCCCGUCUUCAAGGCCGUCAAGCUCCUCCGGCCCGUGGUGUGCAACGAGGAGGGCUGCCCCGAGGAGCUGGGCUUCGAGGUGGACCUGGAGUACAACGGCGGCUUCCACCUGGCCAUUGACGCCGACCUGGUCUUCGGCAAGUCGGCCUACCUCUUCGUCAAGAUCUCCCGGGUGAUGGGGAAGCUGAAGCUGGUCUUCACGCGCCUCCCCUUCACACACUGGUACUUCUCGUUCAUGGAUGACCCCGUGAUACUCUUCGAGGUAAAGUCGCAGUUCGAAGGGAGGCCCAUGCCGCAGCUCACCUCCAUCAUCGUGAACCAGUUCAAGAAAGUGAUCAAGCGCAAGCAUACCUUGCCCAGUUACAAAAUCAGGUUCAAGCCAUUUUUUCCAUUUCAAGUAUCACCACCUGAUGAAUAUGAAGAUCGGGACCUCUGUAUACAGGAUUUUCUGCUGAUAGAAGGUCGACUACAAGUCACGUUAAUUGAAUGUACAAGGUUGUUUAUAUUUGGAUCCUAUGAAAGAGAAACAAAUGUUCAUUGCACAAUGGAGCUGAGCAGUAAUGUUUGGGAAGAAAAAUCAAGGAGUUCCAUUAAAACGGCAGAGCUGGUGAAAGGGAAUCUGCAAAGUGUUGGACUCACGCUGCGCCUUGUACAGUCCAAGGAAGAAGAUGCAGGACAUGUUGUUAUUGAAACGGUUACACCAAAUUCACCUGCAGCAGCUGCUGAUCUACAGAGGGGAGACAGACUUCUAGCAAUUGGCAGUGUUAAAAUCACAUCAACUGUCCAAGUGUUGAAGCUUAUUAGACAGGCUGGGGACAGAGUUUUAGUCUUUUAUGAAAGGCCUGUUGGGUAUAAUCAGCAUGGUUCAGCACUACAGGAUGGAUUUGGACAGUUGGAAGACUCUGCUUUCUUGACACAGCAAGAUGAUGACCCAGCUAGCUUAUCAGCUGACGUUGAUAACAGAGACUUUGAUUCAGAAUUUGAGGACUUAGCAUGCGAAUCACCUGAACAAAAAGAAGAUAUGCCAACAACUCCAAGUCCAAAACGUUCAGUAGUAAUACUUGCUUCUAAACCUCUUGGAACUAUAUCUCCGAUUCUGAAUCGAAAACUGCAUUUAGGAAGUUAUCAGGCAACAUCAAAAACUCAGCAAAAAGAUGGAACUAAAGUGGCAACACCCAAAACAGCUGAGAGUUCAGAUACAUCACAACAAUCAGGUAAACAAUCACAAGGAUCCGGUACUAAGCCUCCCGUACCACCUAGGCCACAAAGUAAGCCUAAUUUGCCUACUAGUGAAACUCAAAAUCUGUUAGAAACUGGAGGUUUAUCUUCUGAAAAACCAGAGAGGCCACCUCCACCUGCCAGUAAUGGAGAUAAAUGUACAGAGAAAGUAGUAAAGAAUAAUGAUCAAACAGAAGACCCAACGGUAUCAAAAGUAGCAACGGUACCAAAACAAGAUCCAUCAAAAGAUGGAAUUUCAGAAAAUGCACGUAGUAACAAAGAUAGUGGAGAUGAUCAUCAGACUUGGGAAUCGCCAGAAAUUCCAUAUCGAAUCCGGCAAGGCCGAUGGCCAAAGACAAGAACAUCCUGCUGUGUAUUUGAAGUAGAAGAAUACCAUAAGUACCUUAAUGUUGCACUCUGGUGCAGGGACCCUUUCAAAGCCGGUGGUUUUAUCUGUUUAGGCUAUGCAAGCAUAAAACUUGAAGAAAUUGCUUUAGAUUGUAUAGCUACGUCAUCAAUGGAAUAUGUUAGAACAUUUAAAUUGGAUGCUCCUGCACCUAAAGCAGCAGUCACUAGAACAGCAUUGAGGAAUUUGACAACCCAUAAGGGAUUCAAUGAAAAAUUUUGUUACGGUGAUUUAACAUUACACUUCAAAUAUUUAAAAGAAGGUGAAGUAGAUGAUUCAAACUUUCUGGUGGAGAAAGAAAAGGAAUGUCAUUUUGAAGAAGAAGUUCCUGUACUUCCGAAAGAGGAUCCUUAUUUGGGACAAAUUGUUGUUAAUGAGAACAAGCAUAACUUUCAAGAUACUCAGUUUCAGAAUCCAACGUGGUGUGAUUACUGCAAAAAGAAAGUAUGGACUAAAGCAGCUUCACAGUGCAUGCUCUGUGCUUACGUUUGCCAUAAAAAAUGUCAAGAAAAAUGUCUGACUGAGACACCCUUUUGUGUAGGAGCUGAAAAGCGACUUGAUCGAACUGCGGGAGCUUGUAAAACGGAAGGACAGGAAACUUCACAAGCCACGUCCUCUCGUGUUGAUUCAGAAUCUAAAUCUGUUAACAGAACUACAGGUUUGACCAGACAUAUCAUCAACACAAGUACCCGUUUGUUAAACCUUCGUCAAGUCCCCAAAGCUGCUCGCCUUUCAGAGCAAGGAACAGAGGCUGUAGAGCCGUCGCCAAAGCACACACCAAACACUUCUGAUAACGAAAGUAGUGAUACCGAAAUUAGUGGUCCAAGUAGUCCUUCAAAACGUGCAUCAGGUACUGGGAUAAAGCUGGUCAGAAAGGAGGGCGGUCUAGAUGACAGUGUCUUCAUUGCAGUUAAAGAAAUCGGACGUGAUCUCUACAGAAGUUUACCCACAGAGGAGCGUUUUCAGAAACUAGAUUUUAUGUUGGAUAAGUUGCAGAAUGAAAUAGACCAGGAGCUGGAAAAUAAUAAUUCACUUGUUAAAGAAGAAAAAGAUGCAAAUGAUACAAGGAAAAAAGCAUUGAUUGCUGCUGCGCUGGCUAAAUCAGGAGAAAGACUGCAAGCCCUUACGCUGCUCAUGAUCCACUACAGAGCAGGCAUUGAGGAUAUAGAGUCUUUGGAGAGCAUGUCGUCAGACCGGCAGUCCAGAAAAGUGACUAAAGAUUCAGAGGAAGCCAGUAUAGCAGAAGAAGUGGAUAACGAAGAUGUCAGUCUGACAGAGGCUCCAACAUUCAACAUCGUAUCAGAAGAAGCAGAAGAACCACCUCAAUCAGUAGACUGAUACUUAAACGUUUAGCCUUUGAAGGACUGGACUAAAGAAAUACUUUGCACUUAAUUACAAACACACAAAUCAAAUUAAAACACUGGUAUAAGACACCUGCUUCUCCACAGUUAUUUGCCUGUGUAAGAGUACAGCUGAUAAUGGUUCUCCAGCUAUAGCACCGACAUUUUGUUAAACUGGCUGGUUAAAGCUACAUUUUGGGGUUUAUAUUGGAAAUUUAUUUUUAAUAACUUAUUUUUAUUUUUUUCUAAUUAUGUAACCUUACCAUUUCACAUUAAUGUGUGUGGUAUCCCUAAUAUAUUACUUGUUCCCCUUCCUGCCCCCCUUUCGUUUCUUUUGAGCUAAUGUUCUCAACAGGAAACUGUCAGGAUUCUUGAAAUGUUUAGUUUCCAUCAUAUGAUGAAAAAAAAUAAGCUUGUUGCAUGCCUAAGCUGAUGACUGACACAGAAAUCACUGAGGGACCAGGCUUCAAAACUUUGAUCACGGUUACUGUAUGUCUCCUAGGUAGUUGUGUUAUCUCUUUGCCAAACAUAUCAUGACAACAAACAAAACAUCUUUUUGUGUCUGUUAAUAAUACUCAGUGAAGUUACUGAAUAUCAGGUCAUUUGUUUUCCAUCCUUUUGUUAAAUGCAAAAACUGUUCAUAGUUGUUAGCAUAGUUCGUAACAAUGCCAUGCUAGAAAAAGCCUCCUUACAACUUUGGAAUACUGUAGCCUGAUGGAAUUAUAUUAGAUAUUGAAGUACACACUGGUAAUAAUUGAACUGAGAGUAUUUUGGAGAUAAAAGAAGCUGGUUGCCUUCUGGAACAAAAUUGUCUUUAAGUAUUGCUGUAUUAUCUGAUAAGCUGAUAAAGGAAAAAAUGUUCUUCACAAGAGCUGGAAGUUUCAUUGCAUUCUAUGAAAAAGCGUGUAAUGACAGUUUAAGUAAUUUCAAAAGUUUUAAUAUUCUGCUGCAGAUUUUAUCAUUUCAGAAAGCUUAACGUACAAAGUAAGUAAGAGUUGACAACACACCUAAACAUUGUCUCUCAGCGUUUUUGAGUAACCACAGAGGCAAAGUGCAUUCAUUUUCUCAGACAGAAGAGGCAGUCUGAGCAGAGGAUCACCUUUUUCAGAAAAAAUGUCGUAUAGUGUAUAUAACAUGUUUUCUUUUUGAGUCAAAAUAAGUGAGUCCAGUAGUCAAGAGGAAGAAUUACAGCCAGCAGCUUUUGAAAAGAACUAUCUGGUCUUGUGCAUUGUGUAAAUUGCGGAUCUUAGCAUUAUCUGGCUACGGCCAUUGUUCUUAUUUAUUUCUUGUAAACAUGACUUUAAGUUUCACUCUCUGUAUAGAAAUGCCAUAUAAAAUAUCAUCUUUAUUUUAGGUACUGCAUUAGGGUCAUUAUCACUGGUAUCACUGAUAGUAGGAAGAUGCCUUUGUGGAAAUGGAGUUGAAUCUAAGAUGGUGAAAUAAAUAAUUUAAAUUUUCAGGUAGUUUGUAUUGUAGCUCUCCAUUAAAUUUGCUUCUCAGUUUAUUUCGUGGUGGGCAAAAUUAAGAAGCAACGGUUUUCACAGACUGGAAAAGCAUACUUGUACUUCUAAAUGAAAAAAAUUACUUCCACUCAUGCAACUACUUGCACUUUUUGUGAGUUCUGGGCAGUUGAUAAUUAUUUAGCUGAUGUAUGGAAAACACUAUCCAUGCUAAAAUAGGCAUGUGUCACACUUCUGAAAUUAAGCUUCAGCAAAUAAUCGCACAAAAUUAGCUUCCCUUAUCAAUUAAAAGUUAUUUAAUCUAUACCUGCUUGAGAUGUGUAUUAAGACUUUCCCACUCCAUUUUCUCAGUGGCUUACCAUUGGUGGUGAUCUGCAUUAAAUCUCCAUCAGUGUUUGCUCUUAUGGACUACUAUAGAAGUUUUCAAAUAUAUCCAAGUACAUCAUUUAAACCCUGGUACACAUGAAGGAGCUGUGAAAACAAUGCAAAUACCGAUUUCAAAAAUGCAUUUGAGGUUUCAAAUUUACUUGUGUAAUACAGUGGGUAAGAAAAGCUGGAUAUAGUUUUCCUUGUAUAGUACUGCUAAUGAUGAUUGUAAGAGAUAAAUUAAACGUAGUGCAAUAUUUUUAAAUAUACUGAAUGGGAAAAGGGCAAAAUAGUUGUAUUUUAGUGAUAAGAAGGAAAAUAAAUUCCUAUCUGGCAUUAAUUACAAUACAUGGUGAAUCUUGAGGGGAAGAGUGUAAUACAUUCCUGAUGUAAUCCUUGCUUCAUGCUUGAUUGUACAUAGCUGAAAAUAAAGAAUACCACAGAAAACAAGAAUAUCUUGACUUAAUGAUAUCUGAAUAGGUGGCAGCUACACACACUUGCAGAAACUCUGCCUAAUAUGAUUUUGUUGGCUAUUAUUUUAUCAUGAGAACAAGCUUUAAUAAAAUAGUUUUGCUAAAUUAUCAUCUUCUUUGCAUUGUCUCAGUAUUUUUUAACCAUUUGUAUCGCACCAGUGUGUCAUCUAAAGCCACUACUUGAAAAUGUCUUUGGAAGAAGAAGACACAUUUUGCAUUAAAUAAAAUUACUGAGUGCCAGAUUAA